AUCAAGUUUUACAGGUUCCUUGAAAAAAAAAAAAAAAAAAGAGGGAGAGAGAGCGAGAGAGAGAGAGAGAGAGAAAAGUUUGGUCAUGGAUAGGGAAUGAGUGAUCAAAGCUGAGCCAAAGCUUCCUGUUACACCAGGACUAUAUAUAUAUCGUGUCUUUAAUGUUGGGGGAUGCGAGCAGGCUGCUAGGAGACUGGAGCGCUAGCUGACUGCCUGCCUGAUUUCCCAGCUCGCUCGCUGAGGUUUCUUCCACCGACCACAAUGAACAAGUUCCUGUGCUGCACGCUUGUGCUCUUGGAUAUUUCUGUUAAGUGGACUGUCCAGGAUAUCUCUCCCCCAAAGUAUCUCCAUUACGACCCAGGAACAGCUCGUGAGCUCAUGUGUGACCAGUGCCCUCCUGGAGCCUACGUAAAGCAGCCCUGUACAGCUACCAGCAAGACACAAUGUGCUCCGUGUCCGGACCAGUACUAUGCUGAAGACUGGAACAGCAACGAUGAAUGCCAAUACUGCAAUGCUGUUUGUAAAGAAUUGCAGUAUGUUAAGCAAGAAUGCACGAGCACACAGAACCGCAUCUGCGAGUGCAUCAAAGGGAGAUACCUUGAGCUAGAGUUUUGCUUAAAGCACACGGAGUGUUCUCCCGGGUUUGGUGUUGCACAGCCAGGUACCCCUGAGAGUGACACCGUAUGUAGGAGAUGUCCAGAAGGAUUUUUCUCGAAUGAAACAUCGUCCAAAGCAGCUUGUCAAAAGCACACAAACUGUAGUGCACUGGGUUUGAAAAUAGCACUAAAGGGAAAUGCAGUUCGUGACAACGUGUGCCAGGAAAAUACAGAUACAUCAGCUCAAAAAUGUGGCAUAGAUGUAACCCUGUGCGAGGAGGCUAUGUUUAGGUUUGCUGUUCCUAAUCAGCUCACACCUAACUGGCUGAACAUACUGGCAGACAGUUUGCCUGGGACCAAGGUUAACACAGAAAAUAUAGAAAGGAUUAAACAAAGGCACAGUUCUCAAGAGCAGACCUUCCAACUCUUGAAAUUGUGGAAGCAGCAAAACAAAGAGCAAGAUAUGGUCAAGAAGAUUAUCCAAGAUAUCGAUCUUUGUGAAAAUAGUGUCUUAAAACAUAUUGGCCACCCUAAUCUCACCUUUGAACAUCUCAACACACUGAUGGCAAGCUUACCAGGCAAGAAAGUGGGAAAAGAAGAUGUCGAGCGCACAAUGAAACUGUGUCAACCCACAGAACAAAUUCUGAAGCUUCUCAAUCUGUGGAGAAUAAAGAAUGGAGACCAAGACACCAUUAAGGGUUUAAUGUAUGGACUGAAGCACUUGAAAACAUACCACUUUCCAAAAACAACCAUUCAAAGUCUGAAGAAGGUGAUAAAGUUUCUUCACAGGUUUACAAUGUAUAGAUUAUACCAGAAACUGUUUUUAGAAAUGAUAGGGAACCAAGUUAAAUCAGUGAAAGUAAGAUGUGUCUAAUUCAAGAUACUUUUCAUUCUCCACUGACUAUUUUUCCCUAAUUACUGCCAGCAGUAAUUAAACUGGAACAUUGUUUCC